AGGACUGUGAAGGUUGUGGUGUGGGAUUUGCUCUUGGUCCUCAUGUUUUUCGUUCCUGAUAACAUUAUCUCAUUAUAUGGAACAUUAUCAAACUUUGGAUCGGGGUUGUUUCUUCUGGUUCCAGUUAUUAUACUGCUGGAUGCCACAAAUACAUGGAAUGAUGUCUGGGUUGAGAGAGGUGAACGCAAAUGGUACGGAAAACAUUUUCAUCUUUGCAUACCGUUACUUGCUGUAUUUGUGUGCUAUAUAACAACACUUACAAUAUCAGGACUAAUGUUCGCUUGGUUCAACCCCUCAGGCCAUGACUGCAAUCUUAAUGUGUUCUUUAUUGUCAUGACCAUCAUUCUCGCAUUUGGUUUUGUAAUUAUUACAUUGCAGGCUAAUGCAAGUCUUUUGCCAUCUUCUGUUAUUUCUGUGUAUUGUUCGUAUGUGCUCUACAGUGCUCUCUCAAGUGAGUCUCGAUAUUACGUGUGCAAUGGUCUCAACAACAGUUCAAAUGGAGUAACCACGCGUAAGCUAAUUCUUGGUAUGCUCACAACAGUUAUCUCUGUCUUGUACUGUGCUUGCCGGGAUGGAUCCUCACUAAAGUCAGGUGACAGAAACCCUUUUGUGAACUUUGAGCAGAGAAAGGACAGAGAACCUGAUGCUGUGCUAUUUGGUUAUUCCUAUACAUUUUUCCACCUGAUUUUCGCGUUCGCUAGCGUGCAUUCAAACAUGCUUAUUACAGUAUCAGCUAAUACUCGAGCCUAUCAGCUGAUACCCGAUCAUAUUGAUGCUGACCGACAUGUUUUACUCAUUGAAUCAUCUUUUCCAUACAAAACUCUCAUAUCUGAAACUUUAUCUUCUCCUUCUUCUUUAACCUUUGAUCAUUCAUCUAUUGUGCCACUUCCUGUUUCUUCCAUUAUUUCUAAUGUUGUUUCCAUUCCUUCUACCAAUACUAUUGUCACUAUGAAUGAUCACAGCAUGACUACUAGAGGUAAAGGAGGCAUAUACAAAUCAAAGUCUUAUUUUGCUACAAAACAUCCUUUGCCUGUUGCCUUCUUAUCUACAAUCACCACUUGCAUUACUGCUGAUAACAAACUUGUUGUCUGGAAGGUUGCUUCUGUUAAUGAAUAUACUGCUCUUCAAAAUAUGGAACUUGGUCUUUAG